UACGUGUGCCACGUAUUUGGACGCUAAGGUAGCAUCGCUAUUGAUACCUACAAACGUGGAAGUAGUAAUUUACAACCGAUAGGGUAAAAGUUCACGAAUAAUAGUUUGCAUAAAUUAUCAAGUUGUUCUAUAAAAGUGUCAGCAGAGUAACUCCAACGCAGUAUUUUGAAGACCCAAUUCUACCAUAAACAUGGCCAACUAUUGUUCCUUCAUUUUCCUGCUAUUAGCAACUUGUUUAUUAACAGUUGCAGAUGCCGCAGAUAAUGAAACAGAUUAUUUGAACAGCGUUUUCGUACGUUUCUAUAUAAGAAAUGGCACAUAUAAGGAUGUAAACUUAAACGAAACAGUUGAUUUGGUACCUUUAUUUAAUGAAAGUGAACCGGUAACAUGCUACAUACAUGGUCAUUCUGAAAAUGUUGAUGGAUACAGUACACUGUCUGUAGUAGAUGGUCUUUUAAAUUACACAAAUGUGAACACACUGGCAUUAGACUACAGGAAAAUUGCCGGAUUACCUUACCCGUUCUCCGUAGCAAAAAUUGCAGCUCUUGGUAAGGUAGUAGCUAAAGUUAUAGAUCAAAUAGUAGAAGCUGGUGUGGAUCGCAAAAAGAUACAUAUUAUUGGACACUCAUUGGGCGCUCAACUUGCUGGAUAUAUUGGUCGCAAUGUAAUUGCAAGUCUUCCCAGAAUAACAGGUUUAGAUCCUGCUGGCCCCUUGUACUACGCAAUCAAUCCACAUUUAAGUGCUUCUGAUGCUGACUUUGUUGAUAUCAUACAUACAGAUGCUGGUUUCUUCGGUUUAGCUUUAGCAACUGGUACUGUAGACUUCUUCCCUAAUCGUGGUAGUAGACCACAGCCGGGAUGUACAGUAUCGGGAUUGUUAAAGGGCCAAGAUGAGUUAUGUAGCCAUCACAGAUCGUAUCUGUACUACGUAGAAUCAAUGAAAAACAGACAUGCCUUUGUGGCUGAGAAGUGUUCGAACAUUUUGAAAUUCGCUACUGCACAAUGCAAUUCAAAUGAAAAAGUUAUUAUGGGCUAUGACACUCCAACUUCAGCUAAUGGGAAGUUCUACCUUAUAACAAAUUCAACAGAGCCUUAUGGUCUAGGGAUCGACGGCGCAAUAGGCAACAGCACAACAACGAAAUAUUCGAUUUCAAAUUUGAUUAACUCACUUCUAUAAUAAUACAUAUAUCUUCCUAAUUUUAAAUAAAUUAGAUUUUGAAGCAAAUGUAACGUGAAAAUGAUUAUAAAAUAGAUUUGUUUGAGAAAUUA